UUUGGCGAGCGCCAGCGGCAAACGAACCGUCUCCAUUCCGUUCUCCACUUCUCCAGAUCCCCUCCGCAAUCUACCUUCGCGCGGCUACCACGGCGCCGGUGCUGAAGCCAGCGACCGUGGCCAUGCAGUCGCCGGAGCCCUCCUCCUCCUCCCCGGUUCUCCUCAAUAUAGGGGGCAAGAAGUACGCGACAACCGUGGAGACGCUGAUGCAGCGGGAGCCCGACUCCAUGCUCGCCGCCAUGUUCAGCGGGCGGCACACGCUCCAUGAUCACCCAACCACGGGGAAGGGAGUGGUCUUCGUGGACAGGGACGGGAAGCACUUCCGCCACGUGCUCAAUUGGCUCAGGGACGGCGCCAUCCCCGUGCUGUCCGAGUCCGACUACCAGCAGCUGCUGCGAGAGGCAGAGUACUACCAGUUGCUCGGUUUAGUCGACUACAUAAACGAGAGGCUGGGUUGGAAGGAAACCGACAAUUCGGAGGCUGAAUUGACACGAAAGGACGUGAUCAAGUGCAUACAAACGCAAAGAGUCAGGUUCCGUGGCGUGAAUCUAUCUGGCCUUGAUCUGUCUAAGCUUGACUUAUCAGAGGUGGACUUCAGCUAUGCAUGCAUUAAGAACACUGAUUUUUCAUAUGCUAACCUUUACAAAGCAAAAUUUGGGCAGCAGGUAGAAGCUUCGUCUUCAUCUUUCCAAAACGCAAUUUUGCGUGAGUGUGAGUUUAUUGGAGCUAAUCUUGAAGAAUCUAUUUUGGAUGGAGCAAACCUUCGAAGUGCCAAUUUACAAGAUGCUUGCUUAACACGAUGUAGCCUCAUUUUAACAGAUCUUCAUUCUGCCCAUUUACAGACUGCUAAUCUUACACAAGCCGACUUAAGAGGAGCUAAUCUUGAAGCGGCCAAUCUCAAGGGUGCCAAGUUGUCAGGUACAAACUUGCAAGGCGCAAAUCUUCAGAGAGCUUACUUGCGAGAAGUUGAUUUGCGUGACACUGUAUGUUCUUUUGUCGUGUCCCGUUUAUUAAGGAUCUUGGGUUCUUCUGUUUACAAUCUGCCUCACGUUCUGUGCAACAAUUGACUGGUGCUAAGCUCGGAGGUGCAAAUCUUCUUGGAGCUAUCAGAUGAUCUACAGAUUGUUCGUGUAGCUUCAUACUGUGUAUACUGUACUACACAAAUUCAUUGGAGGUAAUGCGGCAGGACCAUCUGCGGAGUUCUGGUCUCAAUCAUGAUCGAGAACACAAAUAUUCCUUCUGUUCAAAAAUAAAUCAGUUCCUAGAAUGAUUCUAAGUCGAACUAUCUUAAGUUCGACCAACUUUAUAGGAAAGGAUGGAGUUUAUGUGCUGUUCUUUGUACGCCGCCCUCUGAUUGGAAGUUUAGAAUCUAGCAUGUUAGCUGUCAGAGCUGAAACCAUCACAGCAAGCACAUUUGCUGGGCCCCGAUUGCAGUGGACAGAUGUACCUGUAUUGCUGUUGAUUCAA